AUGGCGGUUCCUCUUCUGACCAAGAAGAUUAUCAAGAAGCGUGUGAAGAGGUUCAUUAGGCCUCAAAGUGAUAGGAGAAUAUGUGUCAAGGAAAGUUGGCGCAGGCCAAAGGGUAUUGACUCACGUGUUAGGAGAAAGUUCAAAGGAGUUACUUUGAUGCCAAACAUUGGUUAUGGUUCAGACAAGAAGACUCGCCACUAUCUGCCUAACGGUUUCAAGAAGUUUGUUGUCCACAAUGUCAAGGAUCUAGAACUCCUCAUGAUGCAUAACAGAACAUACUGUGCUGAAAUAGCACACAAUGUGUCAACCAGGAAAAGAAAGGAUAUUGUUGAACGUGCAGCACAAUUGGAUGUUGUUGUCACAAACAAACUGGCCAGGUUGCGCAGCCAAGAGGAUGAAUGA